AUGUCUGACGCUAGUAGUAGUGAUGGAGUGGCAGUCCUAGGUGAUGCUGGAGAAGCUAACAAUUAUGAGCAGCCAUUGCCUGCUACUGAAGCACAGCCGCCUCCUACUCCAACUUCUAGAAUUUCAGUUAGGAAAGUCAUAGAAGUAAUCGAGACAUUCGAUGAGUACAAGAGAUGGCUUGUUACUGAAAUUGGGUUUGAUGGAAUGUUAAAGCUGCCUAUGCUCCAGAAGCUUAACCUCAAGUUCAGUGCUUGGACUAUGAGCAAGGUAUGCGUCGAGCGUCGAGCAAUUGUUCUGUCAGAAACCAAGAUUCUCAAGUUUUUUGCGGAGGACAUACACAAGGUGUUCGGCAUACCAUGUGGACACCGGAAUGUUAAAGGGCGUGAUGGAUUCAUUAAGCCAGAAGCUGUAAGAUUUAUUAAAACCACACUAGGGAUGGAUAAGACAGGAGUGCAUAGCCUACGCGCUGCCGAGGAAUUCCUUUUGCGUGACAUUUCCGAGACGUCCAGCAAGCUAGAGAAGGAUUGCUUCCAGAUUGCAUUCAUCAUUUUUGUGAUGGGGCAUGUGCUGGCACCCAGAACAAAACAUGAUUAUGGAACGAUAGACUACUGGGGUGCGCUGGCAAACACGGAGAAUAUUGCACAAUUCAACUGGUGUGAGUUUGUACUGGAGUUUUUGCUCGAGGGAGUCAGGCGGCUUAAGAAUGACAUGAUGGCCAACAACCCGAACACCAACCUGGUUGGUUGCCACUUGUUUUUGCAGAUUUUCUUCCUCGACAACGUUGACCUGGGACUUUUCAACAAGAAGCAUAAUGUCCUUCCUCGGAUUAGUGACUUUGACCAAAACAGCAUCAGAAACACGAUAACCAUGGCAACCGACAUUGGGAAGGGCCCUGCAUCAUACACAAAAUGCAUGAUUCGACAGGGCCAUGAUAUAUGCUAUGGACGCUGCAACAUCCAAGAUUCUACUGAGAGAAGCUCCAACAAGCAACUAGUAGGUGGUAAUAUGGAUCAACAUCACAGCAACCCAACCAAUGACAGGGAGGAGUCAGUGCAUGCAUCAUCAUCUGCAGCUGUCAACCUAAUGGAUGUGCAGACACCUCUACGAGCGCUCGGGCCAAUUGAUUUUGCAGAGCAUAUGCGUACCCGAUACCCUAGCUUGGUCAAGGACGAGUUGAGUUUCAUACUAAAGGAGCAGAAUGCCAAAUGCCAGCGUGAAAUCAACACUGCUCGUGUCAAUGUGCAGGCAGACAUGAUUAAGUUUGUCGACAAGUUGAUGACAUCGAUCAGCAAGAGGUGCAUUUGCUGUGCUGCUCGAGGUUUUACUGACUGUCCAGCAAGAGCAAUUCAGCCAUGCCCAGGGGUCGAAAUUCAGACUCCUAUUGGCCCGAAAAUCCCAUGCGUUAGGCUCGACAUGUCUGCUUGCAAAGGGUGCCACGUCUCGCCCCAGGUCUGA